UACCACUUGCACGUCCAUCAAGUCUUCAGUCUAUCUACCACCACCACCCCAUCAAUCCCAGAUCAUCUUCUACUGCUUCUUCCACCUCCCAACUACCUCCGCCCCCACCACCGUCGCCGCCUCCUUCCUCGACCUCAGGUCUCUCUCUACUCCCACCAAAUCUUUUUCAAGGUUCCCGGCUGCCUCCUCCGGUCUCUUCCUCUUCUUCUUCUCCUGGAAUUCCCAGGCGACAUUAAUGACUGGAUGGUUUCCGAAGAUUGCCAACUGUGGGGCAUAUCUUUCAUACACAUGAAAGGGAGCAGCAAAGGUCACUGGUCUUCAAUAUGCUUCAUUAUGCUAUGGAUGCUUGUGUUGGCCAACCUCUGGAUAAUAUGCAGCGGCAGUACUCAGAGACAAGUUCUCCUGCCAGGGUUCAUUGGCUCGGAAAUGGAUUACAUUGAUAACAAUGGGAUCUUUCUGCUCUCAAAUGCCUCAUUAUUUGGCUUUGGUUUUGUCACUAGUAGUACGUCAGAGAGCACAUCUUACUUACUUGCAGUGAUCCACCUGGCCAGCACUUCUGUCGUCUGGACUGCCAAUGCCAACUCUCCUGUUUCUCAUUCCGAUAGCUUUGUGUUCGACAAGGAUGGCAAUGCCUACCUGCAGUCUGUAGGCUCCGCUGUCUGGACUGCCAAUAUCUCUGGAAAGGGCGCCUCUAUGCAGCUGCUGGACUCUGGCAAUCUUGUAGUGCUCGGCAAAGAUAGCUCUUCUCCUCUGUGGCAGAGUUUCAGCUAUCCAACUAACACACUUCUCUCUGGACAGAGCUUCAUUGAUGGAAUGACCCUUGUGAGUCAGUCCAACACUCAGAACAUGACAUAUACACUUCAAAUCAAAUCUGGGGACAUGAUGUUGUAUGCGGGCUUCAAGAAACCCCAACCGUACUGGUCUGUACUGCAGGAUAAUAAGUUGAUCGUCAACAAGAAUGGUGCCAUCUACUCUGCAAAUCUCAGUUCAACUUCUUGGUACUUCUAUGAUCAGACAGGGUCUCUUCUAUCACAGCUCGUCAUAUCGCAGCAGGGUGAUGCCAAUACCACGUUUGCUGCUGUCCUCGGUAAUGAUGGAUCGAUUACCUUCUCUAUGCUGCAGAGUGGGAAUGGCAAGACUACUCUCCCGACCACAAUCCCGCAGGACUCAUGUGACACGCCAGCCCACUGCAAACCAUACUCCAUUUGCAAUAGUGGGACAGGAUGCCAGUGCCCUUCAGCCCUUAGCUCCUUUUCAAACUGCAACCCUGGUCUGGUAUCACCAUGUAACUCAAAAGAGGUGUUUCAGCUAGCUCAACUCGAUACUGGUGUUGGGUAUAUCGGUACUAGCUUUACCUCACCCAUGGCCAAUACAAACAUCACAGGUUGCAAGAAUGCUUGCAUGGGAAAUUGCUCAUGUGUUGCCAUGUUCUUUGACCAAACUUCAGGCAAUUGCUUCCUUUUUAACGAGAUCGGUAGCUUGCAGCAGAAAGGUGGAAGUAAAGCCAAUUAUGCAUCUUUCAUCAAGGUAUCUAGCAGUAACCAUGGCUCAGGGCAAGGUGGUGAUGGCAGUGGACAACACACUAUCAUUAUUGUUGUCAUUCUAGUUGGAACUUUGGCCGUCAUAGGGGUCCUUGUUUAUGUUGGUUUCUUCAUUUAUAGGAGGAAGAGGUAUCCUCCACAUUCACAAGAUGAGGCUGGUUCUUCAGAGGAUGAUGGAUAUCUGCAGACGAUAUCUGGAGCACCAAUGCGAUUCACUUACAGUCAGCUCGAAGAUGCAACAAACAACUUUUCUAACAAGCUUGGCCAGGGAGGAUUUGGAUCUGUAUAUCUGGGAACACUACCAGAUGGCAGUCGCAUUGCUGUAAAGAAGCUGGAGAGCAUAGGCCAAGGGAAGAAAGAAUUCCGUUCUGAGGUGACAAUAAUUGGCAGCAUCCACCAUAUCCAUCUAGUUAAACUCCGAGGCUUCUGUGCUGAGGGGUCACACAGGCUUCUUGCAUAUGAGUACAUGGCAAAGGGGUCACUGGAAAGGUGGAUUUUCCGUGCUAAAGAGGAUGAUCCCCUUCUGGACUGGGAUACAAGGUUUAAUAUUGCACUAGGAACGGCAAAGGGAUUGGCGUACCUCCAUCAGGAUUGCGAAUCAAAGAUCAUUCAUUGUGACAUCAAACCUGAGAAUGUUCUACUUGAUGAAAACUUCCUUGUAAAGGUAUCUGACUUUGGCCUUGCCAAGUUGAUGAGCAGGGAGCAGAGCCAUGUUUUCACGACGUUGAGAGGCACGCGGGGCUAUCUAGCGCCCGAGUGGAUCACCAACUAUGCCAUCUCAGAGAAGAGUGACGUGUACAGUUAUGGCAUGGUGCUGCUUGAGAUUAUCAGCGGGAGGAAGAACUUUGAUCCUGUGGAAGGCUCGGAGAAAGCUCAUUUCCCAUCCUUCGCUUUCAAGAAGCUGGAGGAAGGUGAUCUUCGUGAGAUCUUCGAUGCAAAACUGAAAUACAAUGACAAGGAUGAGCGGUUGGAGAUUGCUAUCAAGGUUGCUCUGUGGUGCAUCCAGGAGGAUUUUUAUCAGAGACCUUCCAUGUCGAAAGUCGUACAGAUGCUCGAAUGUGUCUGCGACGUGCCCCAGCCACCGACAUCCUCUCAAAUUGGAUACAGAUUGUACGCGAACGCUUUCAAAUCGAGUAGCGAGGAGGGCACAUCGUCGGGGAUGUCAGACUACAACAGCGAGGCUUUACUUUCAGCUGUGCGGCUCUCUGGUCCCAGAUGAUGUGAAUUGUUGUUUAUAUCAGUUUGCUUGCUUAGUUAGGACUACGGUAUUCAAUUUUGGGAUAGGGCCUGCUGGCUUCAUGAUCAUUUGUUAACACUCAUGUACAUAUGCUGAUCAUUAUUUCAGGUGGUACCUUUUCGUAAUAGUUUCCAACUGAGAGUGAGUUAUGCGACUUACUAUUGUUAGUUUUGCCAGUACGAGUACUAGUAGAAGCUAGUAUAAUUAUUUUUGCAUCUUAUUUUUGGUGCGCAAUUUAUUUGUACUACUUCUCUAAACUACUACUAUCUGCUAACCUACGGCUCUUUUUUUAACAUAGUGUGAUGUCUGUAACAUGUAACAGCUCGUUUGGGUCUGGAAUCCUGAAAUUCAUUUUGCUUGGCUCC